AUGACUUCCAUGUCGCCCAUAAAUACUGCUGCCGCCAUGUCCGGCCCCUCCUCCCAUAACGGCAGCGUCUCCCCGAGACAGCCCUCGCCGCCAAAGAAUGUCGCAUUCGAGUUGUUGUUCCUCGACUCUCCUCAAUAUCGUGCGCGGCUCCCUAUGCGCGUGCAAAUUUACCCCCAUGACACAACCGACUCCAUUGUCACUACGGUCAAGAAUUUUUAUGGCCUCUACUCCGGUCGGGCUGGCUCCAAGGGCGUCAGCUUCGAGGACGACCAGGGCAAUACUCUGAUCGCGCGGUAUGAAAACUUCAGCAACAACAUGAUUGUCUAUGUCCGUGUCAUUGAGGAGCCCCCUGUCGCUGCUACCGGCUUCUCCCAACAAAAUUACCAGACUUCUGCAGCACCCGACGCUUACUAUGAGGGCGAUCAAUAUGCAACAAAUCGCCAGCAGGGCGAUGAAGCCCCCAAUGGCCGAUUGCCGCGCCAGAGAAGCCAGUCUCCUCGGGUCGCUGGCGCCAGCCGCAGCGGCUCUGUGAGCAGCAAGAAGAGCCGCUCUCGAUCUGUCAAGAGCCGCGCCUCCAAUACUCUUCACGGCGACUCGUACAGCGCGAGCGUCGAUGGCUAUAGCAGCGGCGACGGAGAGCAAGGCAGUGUUUCUGGCCGAAGCAAAGAGCAGCUCGGUACCACUGAUAUCAGCGUCGAGAACAUUGUCGAGGGUGGUCGACGCAAACGAGCAAAGUUUGAGAGCUCGGAACUUCCUCUUUUUGCGCCUCCCCAAAUGCCAGCCGCCACCUCCAACCCAUCUGUGUCCCCUGCUCGCCGAAUUGACUCCCGGGCACCCCUGUCCUACGUGCCACAUGGGACGAACCCAUUCACGAACCCGCGAUCCCUACAUGCUUCCUCAAGUUAUGGCAACAGCUACCAGACCGGCGUUUAUGCAACUCCCAGCACUGAAGGCCGCCGUCAUCAUCGUGGCAGUAUCAGCUAUGGUAGUAGUGGCGCCAUGGGUAUUCUACCUACUCCAGACCCGACUGUCGGCAGCUGCAUGUCUGAAGAGGACAAGGAUGUUGCCAUUCAGCUGAUGCGCCUGGGUGAAAUGUCCAACAUCUCACAUGGCCGUACCUCUGCCUCCACAUUGGACGACACCUUCAGCGGCAGAGCCGAUAAUACUUCCUCAACUGGAGCUACUAGCGAGGGGGAAAGCGAGAGCGACGAGGAGCUCCCUGCUGCUCGUCGCCAGAAGCUUGACAUGUCGGGAGCCUCCAAACUCAUUUACCCAACAACGGAGAGCAGCCUGACGCACGCUCAAGCCGAGUACAGCAGCGACCAGGGCGAUGAUGACGAUGGCAAGUCAGGACAGGCCAUGACCAAGCCUAUCCCCAAGCACAAGCCCACUCCCUCCAUGCCCAAGCCACCGGCCAAGCCUAAGAUACACAAGCCGUCCAAUAGCUUGAAGAUGAAAAAACCCCCGGUGCUUACCAAUGUACCCAUGUCCCCCGCUUCUGCUCCGCACUCGCGGAAGCCUUCGGUCGCUUCCAUCAGCGGCAUGCCUCCUCCUCCCCCUGGCGACGACGAAGCCGAUCUGUCUACCAAGCCACGCUGCCAGAGGUGUCGCAAGAGCAAAAAGGGUUGCGAUCGUCAGCGCCCCUGCGGCCGCUGCCGUGACGCCGGCCUGUCCGCCGAUCAGUGCAUCAGUGAAGAUGAAGGCAAUGGCCGCAAGGGCCGCUAUGGGCGCCAUAUGGGCGUGCCCAUCAAGACUAAUGAUGCUCCUGUCGCGGUUCAGCCGACUCUGCUUCCGGCGGCUCCUAUCGCCCCGAUAAUGGCGGUAGCCGUCGACAAGAACAAGAAGCGGAAGCGGUAA